AUGAGCGCCGCGACCCUGGCCCUUGCCGCGGGGCCCAAAGCUCAAGCCAAGGCGCCGGAGGCAAAUGACUCAGACAACGGCGAGACGUUGGAGGCGCCAAAGUCUUCAGAGCUUGAGCAGACACAUCAGGAGAAGCCCGCACCGACUGAGGAUCAAGUGGAGGCAAAGGGCUCAGAAAACGGCGAGGAAUUGCAGGCAACUCAGGCGCCGCAGACUUCAGAGCUUGAGCAGCCACAUCAGGAGAAGCCGGCACCGACUGAGGAUCAAGUGGAGGCAAAGGGCUCAGAAAACGGCGAGGAAUUGCAGGCAAUUCAGGCGCCGCAGACAGAGCUUGAGCAGCCACAUCAGGAAAAGCGCAAGCAGACUGAGGAUCAGGAGGAGGCACCGGGCGCUGACAGCGGCGAGAAGUUGCAGGACCUUGAGCAGCCUGACCAGCCAGAGCACAAGUCCAAGCGACAAAAGGUGCCUAGCAAGCGGGUGCUGGUAGUGCGUCAUGGGGAGGGCGUGCACCAGCUGAAAGGCAAGGCAUGGCAAGCCCCGCGCAACCCAAAACUGGGCCCGGAGCUGACCAAAGAAGGCCUGCGGCAGGCGAGGGCUGCCGGCGAGCUACUGGCCAAGGAAUUGGCGAAGCUCGCGGAGGAGGGCCUGAGCCGCGUGCUGGUGGUGACCUCCAACCUCUUCCGGGCCCUGCAGACAGCCUUGCAGGUCGCCCCGGCCAAGGUGGUGGUACACCCAGCGCUCCGGGAGCGCAUCCUGGACGAGAGGGACGAGCCUAGCGAGCUCAACACGCUGCGGGAGUGGCUCGUGGACGAGGAGCAAGACCACAAGGUGCAGCUGGAGUUGUACGAGGACGAGCUGGUUGAGGCGGGCGCAAUGGCCACGGCCGUAGACUUCACAACGCAAGACCUGCACUCGGUUUAUCUCCAGAGUUGCCGCGACUCUGACCUCAAGGACUCGUCUGCGGGUCACAAGGCGAAGCAGAACAAGGAGAUGCUGCUGAAGAGGGCGGCCGGCUUCACCCAGUGGCUCGAGGAGUUCCCCGCAGACGUGGCAAUUGUGGUCGGUCAUGCUGUACUGCUCGGCAUGAUUACCGGCGACAAGGAGUGGCUCGAGAAUGGUGAGGUGCGGUCCUACCACCUGCAGGAGGGCUACUGGAAGCGGCUGGACAAGGUGAGGUUGGCAAAGCCCAAGGCGCCGCCAGCGCUGAUACCCGCUGCAGGACCGGCUUGGCAAUUCACGCGCAUGGAGCCAAAGGUUGGCCUCAGGCCCCGUGGCUCCUUGGCGAAAUCCAUGACUUGA